AUGAUGGCGGCCCUGUACCCGAGCACGGAUCUCUCGGGAGCCUCCUCCUCCUCCUUGCCUUCCUCCCCAUCCUCCUCUUCGUCGCCGAACGAGGUGAUGGCGCUGAAGGAUGUGCGGGAGGUGAAGGAGGAGAACACCCUGAAUGAGAAGCUUUUCUUGCUGGCGUGCGACAAGGGUGACUAUUAUAUGGUUAAAAAGAUUUUGGAGGAAAACUGUUCAGGUGACUUGAACAUAAAUUGCGUAGAUGUGCUUGGGAGAAAUGCUGUUACCAUAACUAUUGAAAACGAAAACUUGGAUAUACUGCAACUUCUUUUGGACUACGGUUGUCAGUCCACAGAUGCACUUUUGGUGGCAAUCGACUCUGAAGUAGUGGGAGCUGUUGAUAUACUUCUUAACCAUCGACCAAAACGAUCAUCAAGACCAACUAUAGUAAAACUAAUGGAACGGAUUCAGAAUCCUGAGUAUUCAACAACUAUUGAUGUUGCACCUGUCAUUUUAGCUGCUCAUCGUAACAACUAUGAAAUUCUUACAAUGCUGUUAAAGCAGGAUGUAUCUUUACCCAAGCCCCAUGCUGUUGGCUGUGAAUGCACUUUGUGUUCUGCAAAAAACAAAAAGGACAGCCUCCGACAUUCCAGGUUUCGCCUUGAUAUAUAUCGCUGUUUGGCCAGUCCAGCUCUAAUAAUGCUAACAGAGGAGGAUCCAAUUCUGAGAGCAUUUGAACUUAGUGCUGAUUUAAAAGAACUAAGCCUUGUGGAAGUGGAAUUCAGGAAUGAUUAUGAGGAACUAGCUCGGCAAUGUAAAAUGUUUGCUAAAGAUUUGCUUGCCCAAGCCCGGAAUUCACGUGAAUUGGAAGUGAUCCUAAACCAUACAUCUAGUGAUGAGCCACUUGACAAAAGGGGAUUACUAGAAGAAAGAAUGAAUUUAAGUCGUCUAAAACUUGCUAUAAAAUAUAACCAAAAGGAGUUUGUCUCCCAGUCUAACUGCCAGCAGUUCCUGAACACUGUUUGGUUUGGACAAAUGUCAGGUUACCGACGUAAGCCCACCUGUAAGAAGAUAAUGACUGUUUUGACAGUUGGCAUCUUUUGGCCACUUUUGUCACUUUGUUAUUUGAUAGCUCCCAGAUCUCAGUUUGGUAGAAUCAUUCACACACCUUUUAUGAAGUUUAUUAUUCAUGGAGCAUCAUAUUUCACAUUCCUGCUGCUACUAAACCUAUACUCUCUUGUCUACAAUGAGGAUAAAAAAAACACAAUGGGGCCGGCCCUUGAAAGAAUAGACUAUCUUCUUAUCCUGUGGAUUAUUGGGAUGAUUUGGUCAGACAUUAAAAGACUCUGGUAUGAAGGACUAGAGGACUUUUUAGAAGAAUCUCGUAAUCAGCUCAGUUUUGUCAUGAAUUCCCUUUAUUUGGCAACCUUUGCACUCAAAAUGGUUGCUCAUAACAAGUUUCAUGAUUUUGCUGAUCGGAAGGACUGGGAUGCAUUCCAUCCAACACUAGUAGCAGAAGGGCUUUUUGCAUUUGCCAAUGUUUUGAGUUAUCUUCGGCUCUUUUUUAUGUAUACAACCAGCUCCAUUUUGGGUCCGUUACAGAUUUCAAUGGGACAAAUGUUACAAGAUUUUGGAAAAUUUCUUGGGAUGUUCCUUCUUGUUUUGUUUUCUUUCACAAUUGGAUUGACACAACUAUAUGAUAAAGGCUAUACUCCAAAAGAGCAAAAGGACUGCGUAGGCAUCUUCUGUGAACAACAAAGCAAUGACACAUUUCACUCGUUCAUUGGCACUUGCUUUGCUUUGUUCUGGUAUAUUUUCUCCUUAGCACAUGUGGCAAUCUUUGUCACAAGGUUUAGCUAUGGAGAGGAACUGCAGUCUUUUGUUGGAGCUGUUAUUGUUGGUACAUACAAUGUUGUGGUUGUGAUCGUGCUAACGAAGCUGCUGGUGGCAAUGCUUCAUAAGAGCUUUCAGUUGAUAGCAAAUCAUGAAGACAAAGAAUGGAAGUUUGCUCGAGCCAAGUUGUGGCUUAGCUACUUCGAUGACAAAUGUACAUUACCCCCGCCUUUCAACAUCAUUCCUUCACCAAAGACUAUCUGCUAUAUGAUUAGUAGCCUCAGUAAGUGGAUUUGCUCUCAUACAUCAAAAGGCAGGGUCAAACGGCAAAACAGUUUAAAGGAAUGGAGAAAUUUGAAACAGAAGAGAGAUGAAAACUACCAAAAAGUGAUGUGCUGUUUAGUACAUCGUUACUUGACUUCAAUGAGACAGAAGAUGCAAAGUACAGAUCAGGCAACUGUGGAAAAUUUAAAUGAACUGCGCCAAGAUCUGUCAAAAUUCCGAAAUGAAAUAAGGGAUUUACUUGGCUUUCGGACUUCUAAAUAUGCUAUGCUUUAUCCAAGAAAUUAA